AUGGGCACUCAUAUCUGCAGUAGCGCUGCUGCUGCUCAUCUGAUUCAAACACUAAUAGCUCAAAUAUGGUGGCGUUCUAUCGCUUACUUGCUUUUGGAACUCUUCGCGUGUAGAUUUUUGGACAAGCGGAUAACUUAUGCUAGGGAACCACUUAGCACUCUUCGGACUUGUUUGACACGUGAUGUGAUUCCCAGCUCGCUGACAUCAUCUUUGAUGCAAAGGGUUUGGAGAGCACGGAUUUUAGAGAAGAACUAA